CUUAUCAAGAAGCUAUUCUACGUCGUUAAUAAAAAUUAUUAAAUAUAAACUUAAUAUAUUGUGCGAAAUACUUUAUAUCUAGAGCACCAGCCUUGUCACGCGAUCCUGACUAAUCAGAAAUAUCCUGAAUGUGAUUUUAAAUGUUGCCCCUCAGCCUCAUCUACAUCACAUCUCAAACCACACCACCGCACUGUGCUCUCCACGAAGACGGUCACACACACCUUGAAGAACAGUAUUAACAGCAGCACCGUUCAUAAACUCAUCGAACAGCUCUCUAACGAUCAUGCCUCCUCAGAUCAAGCAAGAUCUGAAUCGCUCUGGUUGGGAAACCACCGAUUUCCCCUCCGUCUGCGAGAACUGUCUCCCAGAUAAUCCCUAUGUACAAAUGAUCAAACAAGACUACGGAGAAGAAUGCAAAAUAUGCACACGACCCUUCACAGUAUUCAAAUGGAAAGCGGAUCGAACUUCACGGAGCAAACGAACCAAUAUUUGUCUCACUUGCGCUCGACUUAAGAACUGCUGCCAAUGCUGCAUGCUCGAUCUCUCUUUCGGAUUACCAAUUGUAGUACGUGAUGCAGCGCUUAAGAUGGUAGCUCCAGGACCACAGAGCGCGGUGAACAGGGAGUACUAUGCGCAAGAACAUGAGAAAGAGAUUGAAGAUGGCAGGGGAGGAGUAGAGGCUUAUGAGAAGACCGAUGAGAAAGCCCGGGAACUAUUGCGACGAUUGGCGAACAGUGAGCCUUAUUUCAAGAAGCAGCGACGGAUCGGUCCAGCAGAUGGUGAAGGUGCUGGAGGAGAGAGCUCGACGUCAACUGCACUUGCGUCGAAUGGGCCGGGUCCGAUACGAACACGAGAUAGCAGGGGUUCGCCAAGUACUCGGGGGAGUGCAGUGCGCGGAGGAAGAGGCGGGGCACGAGGUGGAAGAGCGUUCCCAAGCGCGGCACAAUUACCUCCUGGACCGCGAGAUAUCCAGCCACCAGCCGACCAAUCCAUUACAUCGCUGUUUGUCACAGGUGUUGAGGACGAUCUUCCGGAAUUUAAGAUUAGAGACUUCUUCUCUCCCUACGGAAAGCUCCGAUCAUUGGUCUGCUCGCACAUGUCGCAUUGUGCCUUUGUCAACUACGCUACGAGAGAGUCUGCUGAAGCAGCUGCGGAGGCUUUGCAAGGGAGAGCUGUGAUUGCGGGAUGCCCGUUGAGGGUACAAUGGGGAAGACCUAAGCCAAUUGGAACUAUGGACAAGGAAGAGAGAAUAGCCACUGGGCGGGAAGGUCGUUCUGCAUUUGCUUCGUCGGGUCCAUCCAACAGUCAUGGAACUUCACAAGGAGCAAUCGCUGCCCCACCGAAAGAUGACCUAGCAAGUAUGUCUGCAGUUGCUGCACCUCCGGGUGCUAGUGAUGUGCCGUAUGCUAGCUUGGCUGGAAAUUGAUUGGAAUUGUUUAGUAGCAUUGCUCGGGAGUUUGGAGUUCGAAAAUAGGGAUUAAGACCAUACCAGGGAAUUCUCAGCGAUUAGCAUAGCAAUGGAUUCUAGACAUACCCGAAUCUUCAACUUUUGGUUCAGCAUUAGGGGUGAUGGCAUGUAAUCUAUGAAUGUAUAGUCAACCUCUUUCAAAGUAAUUGUCAUGCCUAGUUGUUACGCAGGCUUCGACCUGGACCCACCGACAGUGCUCUUCCCUGUGGAGUAGGUUAGUGUCGUUUUCUGAGGCCAUCAAGGCCAAUUCCGAGUCUAUGUCGUAGUCGCUUUGCUAGAGAAAGUUUCAAGAGGCUGACGAGAGUGAGAUAAUCAGACAAUGUUGGGC